AUGGCACUUGAAGAAGUAAGUGGUUUAAAACUGGAAGGCACUCCUGGAUGUCACAAAAAAUAUCCAGACUCCAUCCACCUCAAAGACAUCCCUCUUUGGUUGAACAAUGCCAGUUUUACACUUGCUCCAGGUUCUGACCCUGUGGAGCAUAUAGGCUCACCUAGGGGAAAGGAAGGGGAUCCUGGUCUAAAACUGGCACAUGGUACUACAACACUGGCAUUUAGAUUCAAGCAUGGUGUUAUUGCUGCAGCUGACACACGGGCCUCUUGUGGGUCUCUUGUGGCCUGUUCAUGCUCUCAAAAAAUUAUUCCCAUUAAUAAAUAUAUAGUGGGGACCACUUCGGGCAAGUCUGCAGACUGCAUGACAUGGAAACGGAUUCUAGCUAGAGAAUGCCGCUUAUAUGAAUUACGGAAUGGGAAAAGGCUCACCGUAGCUGGAGCUGCCAAACUUCUCUCUAACAUGCUGUACCCCUACAAAGGAAUGGAUCUCUGUGUCGCCACAACUAUUUGUGGAUGGGACCAGACAGGUCCUUCCCUUUAUUAUGUUUACAGUGACGGAACACGGAUGACAGGAGAUGUGUUCUCUGUUGGCUCUGGCUCACCCUAUGCUUACAGCAUCUUGGACUGUGAAUACCACUACAACAUGAGUACUGAAGAGGCCUACUCCUUAGCACGCCAUGCCGUUUUCCAUGCCACCCAUCGGGAUGCUUACUCCGGAGGAUUUGUGGACCUCUAUCAUGUACGUGAAACUGGCUGGAUUAAGGUGUCAAGAGAAGACAUUUUCCCAAUUUAUUAUCAAGUCAUGCAGGGAAACCAGGAGGAUAAGAAAGGUCAGAAACAAUCAACAUCAUUCUAG